AUGUAUGUGAAAUGGUUUGAUACAGUAAUGUUUUACUAAGGUAAUUUAGUGAAUGUCACUUUUUGUCAUUUUCAAAUUUCCCGCCGCUCCAUCCCCGUACGUCCCGACGUCGCAGGGGACGGAACCCAGAAGACAGAUGCCGGCAUCCACUGGAGGACAUUACAGGGGACACUGCAGGGGAGACAUCGCGGGAGCGCAGGACAAGGAAAGAGAAGAACAGAUCCCAGAGCAGCGCAGCAUGUUAAGCUCGAGUGUAGCUCAGGGUUACCGCUUGUGCUACACUCAGGAAUACCGCCAGGGAGGUUAC